CAGGAAGGCAUCUCGGGGAUGGGAAGAGUGGACUUGGACCAUGAGCCACCAACACAUUUUACUAGUUGUUUGUGGUAUUUUUGUGGGCUCACGUGCACCAUCAUGAACAGCACAGGUACAACAAACAAGUCUGAACUGAGCUUUUCCACAGUGACAGCAGCAAAUAGCAGAAGCUUUCUCUGCUGAGCUGUGAUGACAAGCCAGUGCUUGUCAUGGGCAGAGAUAGGGCUUUAGAGUGACCAGGAUGUGUCUAGAACAGGAUGCUGGCCAGGGGCUGACGGGGACAGGAAGGAGUGUGUGCUUCAGAUGCUGCUGGUCUCCGUAGUCUGCACCCUGACAUGUGUGCUGGUGUGUCCCAUGGCACGUACAGAAUGGUGGCCAUGUGGCCUGGUGGCCACACUGCUCUAACUUCAUCAUCUGCAGGAGGGGAAAACACAACACUGAGCAAGUCUCCUCAAGAAAAGGUGGUGUCUGUUACUCAGCUUCAGGAAAGGGUCUGGGAACAAAACCCAAAGUCGUGAGUCUGGUGGAGCCCUGAGUGUUCCCAAACGCCCUGCUCUGAGUUCAUCCCACCAGUCAGUCUUUGCAGCGUGAGAACUGCUGUUGCAAAACUACCAGAUUCAACCUCCUGGGGAGCCUUUCUGGCCAAGCUUGUUGUGGUCAGUUUUCAGUUCUCUCUUGCUCCUGGACCUUGUUCCAAAUUUGAUGUGCUCGAGAGGGAAGCAUGUUAGCAAAGGAGCUUGCCUGAAUGCUGAGUGCUUUGUAACUGUGAGUGCCUGAAUGCAUCAGCCUUUGGAUGUGAGCAUCUUCCCCUGAAACAGCCUUGUGAUAUCCAAGUGCCUGCUGUCUUGGGAGAUCCCUUGGAAGAGCCCGUCUGUUCAUCUGACUGGGUGUGUGACAGGGCUGCCUUGCUUCCAGAGCUGAACCAUGUCCCACCCGUCCUGGCUGCCACCCAAGAGUACCAACGAGCCUCUUGGUCACAUUACUGCAAGGAUGGAAACCACACACACCUUUGGGACUCCCAGCAUCUCUGUGUCAACCCAGCAGACCCCAAAGAAGUUUGCACCUGUGGUUGCCCCCAAACCAAAGUACAACCCAUACAAGCAACCAGGAGGUGAUGGGGACUUCCUUCCUCCCCCGCCCCCUCCUGUGGAUGACCUUGGGAACAUCACAUCAUCACAAGGUGCCUUUCCCCCCCCACCCCCUCUGGAUGAUGUUACUUACAAUGUGCAGGUGAAGCCUGGUGGCAAGACGCUUGAGGAGAGGCGGUGCAGUUUGGAUGCAGAAAUCGACUCUCUGACCAGCAUCCUGGCCGACCUAGAGAGCAGCUCUCCAUACAAACCUCGGCCUCAACAGGGUUCUGGGACCUCAAGCAGCUCUGCUGCCACCACCCCAUCCGUGUCCACUCCUGUCACUGGCCACAAGCGGAUGAUCAUCCCCAACCAGCCUCCCCUCACCGCCACCAAGAAGUCCACUGCCAAGGGCCCGGGGCAGCCAGCGCCCAUCCCGGUCACUCCCGUUGGCACCCUGAAGCCGCAGCCGGUGCCGGCCUCCUACGCCACGGCCUCCACGCCGAGCCGCCCGGCCUUCAACGUGCAGGUGAGGACGGCGCAGCCCAGCCCGCACUACCAGCCGCCCAGCCCGCAGCCCGGGCACUACGGCAGCCUGGGGCCCGGCCAGCCCUAUGCCACCGCGCCGUCCCGCCAGCCCGCCGCCCCUCAGUACGGAGCGCCACAGCCCCACGGGCCCAACUACGGCUACGGCCCCCCGGCCGGCCGGCCCGCCGAGCCCGCCUACGGAUACGCGCCUCCGCAGGGCCGCUACCAGGACCCCUACUACGGGGGGUACGGCGGCAGGAACGGCUCCGAAGCGCCCUACGUGCCGCAGAGCUCCUGGAAGGCCGAGCCGGCGUACCCUGCGAGUAAUGCCAUGGGCCAGGCUCCCCCUGGGCUCUACCAGCCACCGGGCACGAAGAAGACCUACAUCACCGACCCGGUGCUGGCCCCGCAGGCGCCCACCCUGCAGCAGAAGAGUGGGUAUCCAAGCUCUGGACCUGCAUCAAGCACACCUGCCUUCAGGCCUGAGGAUGAGCUGGAACAUCUGACCAAGAAAAUGCUGUAUGACAUGGAGAAUCUUCCCUCUGAUGAGUACUUUGGACGCUGUGCCCGCUGCGGGGAGAAUGUCGUUGGAGAAGGCACUGGUUGUACAGCCAUGGACCAAGUCUUCCAUGUGGAGUGUUUCACCUGUAUAACAUGCAAGAGCAAGCUGAGGGGACAGCCUUUCUACGCUGUGGAGAAGAAAGCCUACUGUGAACCUUGCUACAUUAAAACUCUGGAGCAAUGCAGCGUCUGCGCAAAGCCCAUCAUGGAGAGGAUCCUCCGAGCCACUGGGAAGGCCUACCAUCCCCACUGCUUCACCUGUGUGAUGUGCCACCGCAGCCUGGAUGGGAUCCCCUUCACUGUGGAUGCUGGUGGCAACAUCCACUGCAUUGAGGAUUUCCAUAAGAAAUUUGCCCCAAGGUGUUCUGUGUGUAAGGAGCCCAUCAUGCCAGCCCCGGGACAAGAGGAGACCGUGCGCAUUGUUGCCCUGGAUCGCGAUUUCCAUGUCCAGUGCUACCGGUGCGAGGACUGUGGUGGCCUCCUGUCUGAAGGGGACAAUCAGGGCUGUUACCCUCUGGACGGGCACAUCCUUUGCAAGACCUGCAACUCUGCUCGGAUCCAGGCUCUGACUGCCAAGGCCAGCACUGAUCUCUGAGGAUCAACUGUGACCCUCCCCAGGAUGCCCAUUGGGGGAUAUUGCACAAGCUUUGCAUGAUUUCUUUCCAGCCUAGGGUCUGAAACUCUGACAUUUAAAAAAAAAAAAAAAAAAAAAAGUAAAACUGGAAGGCCUUGGAACAAGAGGGCAGUUUGAGAGGCCAUGUUCAGACUGCCCACAACAGGCACCUAAUUUAGACACAAGUGUUCAGGAGGGCAGUGAGUGAGUCAGAGCAGCUGCUCUCUCUGCAGCUGAUGGAGUUAAGGGUCACAGCACCUAAGUUAUCUGCCUGUAGGAGGUCUGAACAUGGUCCUUACUAUGCUUCUGUGUUUGAUUCCUGUUUCUUAAGAAGUACAUGAAGGUAGAGGGUGAAAGAUGGCUGAGGUUCCUGCCAAUGUAUUCUGAGAACCUGACCAGCUCUCAUUGAAGUCAUGGGACAUCCAUGUCUGCUGGUGAUUUUAAUAGGAUCUGUGUCACCAGCAGAAGUAGCUCCACUGUCCUAGAAGGAGAGCAGACCCAGCAUUAACACAAACAGUGCAACUGCAACUGUACUGCACCUGAGUGUAGGUGUGAUCUUGUAUCCUUGGGACAGAUCAGUUAUUUCUUAGGCCCUUACUUGUCUCCACUCCCUUCCAGUUCAAUAGGAUUUUUCUUUUACUCAUGAAAGUCUACUUAGCUAUUGCAUAAAUUUAUUCAGUAGUGAUGCUUCCAAUUCACAAUGUAUGAGAAAUCACAGAAAGAAGUGAGCUUGCACACACUGUGCACUACAUACACACUACACACUACACACAAAACAUGCUUUUGAUUUACCAGAGGCAUAAGCCAGUCAUGUCCAUUGAGCAGAUCUUUAAGGGAUGUGGAGCUGGAAAUACAUUUCUAAAAUCCCAGUGGUUAAAAAAAUGAUAAAAAUGACUACACAGAACUGCAGUGCAAAGCGAUGCUCAAAAAAAUCUCACGCCACUCUCUCAUACAGCCCAUUCUAGUGGGACCACUGGCAAUGUUGGUCUCUGGGUAGACAUUCAAGCAAUAAAGUCUUACUCUAUCUCCUGUUAUUGCAAUGGGAGGAUUUUUCUUCAACAGUAACAGGGAUUGAAUCAGGCUUUGGGAUGAUAAACAUUGAUUUGAUGUUAACACAUGUGAUCUGUAUUUUUCAAAAAAAAAAAAAUCUGAUCUUGUUUCAACAUCAGCAAAAAAGAUCCUUCUAAAUACAUGUUCAGUUUUCAUCCUAAGAAACCUAAAGAAAGUAUUAAGCCCUUCACUAUGCCUUUCCAGAAAGCAGGCAUAUUGUUUUUCUUCUUCCAUUUUCAUCCCAGCCACUUAUAACUUGCCUCUGGUGAAACUCAUGGCAGUAGAAUGCUGGGCCAGCAAUAGCAUUUUCAUCUUCAGUCCAGAAUUAAUAUACAGGCCAAGGUAAAUAAAACCUGGGCAUAGGAAAUAAUUUUUUUUCACGUGAAUGUGGGUAUGGGGUUUUUUGUUUUUUUUUUUUUAGUUUGGUUAAUUAAAAACAAAUCAAAAACUUAAAAAUCUAUGGCAUUCUGAGCAGCUAUAAUAGUCUUGUUCAUGAAACCCGUAAUAACUAAGGUGCAAAUUACAUAGUGAGGGAGUAAUUUUCAUAUCACUGAAUUGACAUUAAUAUCUUAUUUGCAGAUGUAAUCAAGGAAAAUACCUUUCUUUGCACUUAAAUUAAGAAGCAGAAUUGAAAUAGUUGCAGUCUGAUUGACCAUGUAAGUGACAAACUGGCACUUUUCAAGAGUAAGUUAUAAGAUUUUUAUUCAUGCAUCCCACUGAAAAACAAUAAGAAUGUGGUGAUUUCCUUUUUGUAUCAGGUUUCUGUUACAGAGAAUAAUUACAUCCACUAAUGCUGAAAAGAAAAGUUAGAUGAGCUGAACUGAUAGGAAACAAAGGAAAAAUUGUGAUGUGAUACUGCAGCUCCUGCAAAUGGUGCACUUCCUUUCACUUUAGCACUAACCUUUCUGGAAGAGCACUGUGAUACUCAGUAGCUUCAGCUGUCUGUGGUAAAUUCAAAUGCAGAAAUACCAGUCUGAAACCUCCAUUCCUUACAUGGUUUAUAUGUUGGCAAACUUCGCCAGUCAGGGAAGUUUCCCAAAAUUAACAGCUUGAAAUGAAUCUGUCUUUGUAGAAGGGUGGCAUCAUUGAGCAGAAGAGUUUUCCUUCACCACCAUAGAGGCUGUGCUGAAGCAGUUUGUCUUUUUAUACUGGAUUUCUACCCUGGCCAGCAAGAAUGUUGCUGCCUCAGACAUAAACAGAUUUUUUGGCACCUUGGCUCCCACCAGGUUCCACCUGGGCUCCUGCUCCCUGAACCGUGGCAUGUAAGGUCCUUCUGAGCUCGCUUCUUGACAAGCAGUCUGUACCACCACCACUCCAAAAACCUUGCAAAUACUGAGCAAAUCUAGUUUGAACUAACCCUACAAAAACAAGGGAGGUCAGUGCUGGGAUACAAGCACAGGUGAUAAUGCGAUGCACUGAGGUGCAGAAUGGGCUGUUCAGCAGGCAGAAAAUGUAGCUCUGGUCUUCCUUACUCUUGUGAGUGUUAAAUCAAGUGGCUGAUGAGACUCUCUGAAUAACGCUGGGGCAAUUGAUGGCAACCAGCAGCUGUGCCUUCCAGCACAGAAUGUGGCCUAGACUAAGGAGAGGAUCCAAGUUCAGAGCCUUUGGGCUUUUUACAGUCCUGCCACAGGCUGAACUGGAGUGAGUCAUAUCACUCCUUGUUUUCUGCCCUCUGCAUGAGAGAGCUUCUUUGCAGUUUCCCAGAGACAUUAUGGGGAUUAAACUAAUCACAGACUAGCCCAAACUACUGAUUUCUGGUGCUCUGUUUUCUCUUUCCAGAAAAGUUUGCUGGUAUGUAGGCCUGGGAUUCCAGCUCAUUUCAAUGCAUGUGGCCAGGAGAUCCAGCUCUGAAUCCUCUCUUAUGAGAGUGGUGUGGUGAGUUGGGCUGGCAUGCAGGGAGGUGAGAGCCAAACUUUUGAAGCAUUAAAUACUUUAUGGAUGAAAUAUGAUUGACAAAGAUUGAACAGUGUUGAUGUUUGAGGUGCUGUGGCUGGUUUCUAGACCUGACACAUCUGUGCAAAGGUACUAUGAUGGGGGUUUUUUUCACCCCUAGACACCAAAGCCAUCUCUCUGGAAGGAGUGAGUGUCCAAAAGCCUUGUCUUUAUUCUGUGGGGCUUUAUUUUUCAAAAUUGCUAUAAAUAUAUUUGAAAGAUAUUGUAUAUACAUCACAGAGGCUCUCAUCAUCCACAUGUAUAUGGUAAUCUCUCUGCUGAUGCUUCAGGAUUUAAUUAGGAAAUGCUGGUGGGAUUUAUCUCAAUUGCACUGCAAUUAAGAACCACUGGGAUAUGGCUUCAUCACAAUAUUUAUCACAUAUUUAUAAUAUAUCAUGUUUAUCUCUUCCAAAGAAGGAGUCUUUUUGCCAAAGAGACCUUGGUUUUUUAAAGUUGGACCUUCUUAGCCAUGACAAAAAUUCACAUCAUCUGGCUGUGGUAGUGUCCAAACUGUUCCUUUCAGAAAGAGUUGGAAGAUCACACAAACAUUUCUGUUCAAGUCUGCAGUUUCUGCUUAUGCUGCUUUGUCUUUGUCUAGCAUUUUUUGGCAAGUAGGGCCUGAUCCCAUGAUUUGUGUGGCCAGACAGGGCCCAGGAUCAGGUUCUAAUUUAGCAAAAUAUUUAAGUCCCUGGGGUUUGUUUAAGCACGGACUUAAAACCAUUGCAUGGUGUGACAUAAGCCAUUAAUACCAGACUGGUUCUUUAUCCCCUGAUCAUACAGGUUUGAUCUGGGUAGGAUGUGGGCACAGUCAAAUUUCUAUCAAAUUACCCAGAGCACAGGAAAUGGCUCCUGUGUUACCUUUAUGCCAACUGUAGGAAAAUACCACAGCUGAUCAAAUGUAGCAUUUAGAUGACAGGAGGCUGAGUUGUUACAAGGUGAGUGCUUUGUGUUGGGUGGCUGUGGCACCUUCCAUAUGUCACAAGUAGCCCUACAGCCAGAUUUACUGUAUCUUUGAGCAAUGGCUUUAAAACUGUCUACUUAAACUUUCUCCAGGAGACUGGGUUGCCUUGGUUACAGCCCAAUCCUUAAGCAUAUCCCCAAGGCUAACACUAGCAUUUUGUGAAUGUGAUGGUUUUAUUGUCACUUACUUUAUUCACUGAACAUUGCUUUUAAAAAAGCCACAUCAAUUCUUUAGCCUAUCUGAUAACAAGCCUUUAAUUUUGGUUUUGGGAGGGGUGUUAAUAUUUUAAUUCUUAGAUUUUUAUCAUGGCUGCAAAACACUUGGGUAAUGACUUAAUCAUAGAGGUGUGGGAGUACCGAAGUGUUUGUCACUCUACAUAACAGUGUUCAUCCUGAUAGCAGGAGCGAGACUUUCACAAAACACAGGCCUUAAGUUGAUUUUCUGCCUAUCAGCAAAAUGUGCCUGAGAAGAAUGAGAAAAAAGUGUCUUUAAAGAAAUGGUGGCUGUUAAAGAGAACACAUGACAAGUCUGUCUGAAAUCUCUUUGGACCUGUUAUGGUCCACAGCUGCCUGGCUGUGGUUAACUCAACCUGGCUUAGUCAGGUUUUAUCAGCAUUUAUCAGUAUUGAUAAAUGCUGGUUCCUUUUGAUUUUGAGAAAGUCUGGAAGGCAAGGGAUAACAGGACCCAGGAGAAGGUUCUUGAGAGAAAUCCUUUGUCAAGGAUAGACACGUGGUGCUUGCGCUGAGUGGCUCCAAAAGGGUUUGAGUUGCUGACUGGUGUCUGUUGGUGUCUGGUUCCUGCAGUUGGGGCACAGUGUUGAUUUGCUGUUUGUUCAGCAGCCUGGGUGGACAACACCUCACACAGGUUCAGUACUGCAAGCUGGGACUGUUGGAGAGGGGGUGCUGAACCAUCCCAUGGUGGUGGAAUUCCCACGAGAAGACACCAGCGAUGGUAACUGAGGGUUUGUUGUGGAAGGAGGGCAGGAACUGCUUCAUAACCUAGAGUUUAGUAAAACACGGACCAAGAAAGCUGUGAGAACACUAUUUCCACUUAAAUCUGGUUGCAAUUUUUACUCUAAAUUAUGUGAUACCAGAAGGGCCGUUUUUUAAUGAGAAAGUCUCUCUUUUUGCAAUGUUACCCACAACAUUUUCAGGGGGUUGUUUUUGCUGUUAUGAUUAAAAUUAUACUGAAUCUUUAUCUAAAUAAAUUUCAGAAUUGUUAGCAAAUAUUUUUAUUUCUCAAAGACCCAUGUCAUCUUUCACAGUUUUUUGUAGUUCUUGGGUUUCUUCUACUGGCAAAUUAAAGUUUCUGUUAACCAUUUUGAAAACUUCUUUGGAUAAAAAUUCUACAUAAAAACAAGCAAAUGUUCUUGGGAAAUGGUUCAAUAUUGGACCUGGAGAAAUAAAAAAAGCUUUGAAAUUUUUCACAAGAUAUUUUUUCCCUAUUUUUAACUAGUUUUGCUAAUUUUGAAGUCACUGUUUCCUUUGUUAGAAUAAUCCAAGUAAUGUGACUCUGAAAAUAACAGUGUUACUUCUAUUGGAUUCAUUUUUCUUACCCAUCUUAAAGCCAUGGAGUGGCUGGCUAUAGGGACUGCCAGUGUCUUUUUCUGUGGCAACUUCAAAUUUCUUCUUUGUUUUUAUCUUGAGGUCUCUUUCUGUUUGGCUUUUUCCCCUGAAAUUACUGAAGACUAUAAGCUCAAUUAUGGCAACUGCCAUGAAAAUCAAGAGAUACUGAUUGAACUUCAUCUCCUUUCUGGGCUUGGGAAUGGCAUUUUUCCUUAAACAUUUCUAGAAAUAUUACCUGUCUUCCUCAGCAUUUCAGCUUUUUAUUUGCAACAGUUGGUUUCCCAACUGGCAUUUGGAGCCUGAUAGAGAACAGACUUUACACCUGUGAAAUGAUAGCAUUCAUCCAGCAUCUGAAAAUCUAAGAGAAAAAAACGUAACCUCAGUAGGUUUCCUGGUGGACAUUGAGCUCUCACUUUAGGCUGGAAAUUUUCUGCUGUAGUGAGAAAAAAUCUAAGUUCCACCCUUGCAGAGCAGUCUAGCAUACAGACACACACAUGUCAGGUGUUUGUGGGGCUGUAGCUGAGUAGAAAUACAGGCUGCAAUAUUGACAGCUGUUGCUUCUUAUACUCCACUGGGCUUUAUUCCUGACUACACAUCCCUGGUCUCUUUGGCUUCAUGUAAUGUGUGGAAGCACAGGGUUUAUCACGGGUAACAAGGACAUCCAGUUAAAACAUUUUUUAAAAUGUUGCCAUUUGUCCAGUAUUCUCAUCCUACCUAGAUAUUUUAGAAAAUGAGGAAGGAAACAGAAGCCCCAGUGGUGGCAUUACCUUUACAAUUCCAGGGGUUAGAGUCACUCCCCAGGAACACCAUGCUUGGGGUGUCUCUGCUUUUCUGCCUCUGCCUCCCCUUGUCCACAAGCCACCCUCUUACCCACUUUUUCCAUGUCCUCAGUGUGCACUCAUCUUUGCAGUAAAGAUGGUUUCUUACUUACUUCACCGAGGUAUUGUGAGUCUUAGCUAGUAGUUGGAAAAACUUGUUCAGAUCUUUAAUCAAGCAGUUUUGUGUGUCCUUAGUAUCAGUGGCCUGCCAUAUGGAUAUCAAAGAAAAUUGUUAUAAUUAUUGCUUUUUAAAUGAUUAUGAAAUUGUGCCUUACUUUUUCAGUCAUAUUUAACCGUGUAAUUUAGAACCACAUGAUUGCAGGGAUUUACCAUGAAGAAAUAUAUUUGAAGGAUAGUUUGUUUUUUAAAUAUUUUUUUUUCCUCAAAAAUGAUUUUAUUAGCUUUUCCUCUUUAUUUUUUCCUCCAGUUAUAUUCUUUUAAUAUGUUUGUGUAAAAGGGCAGCCAGAAUUUGCAUUCGUGAGAGACAGAAGAUUUUAUUUGGUGUUGUAUGUAAAGCUUUCAUUUUCUUUUAUGUUCCUUCAGGAAAAUUCCUCUCUCCCCAAUUACUCAUACUGAGAUGUCUUUAAAUGCAGGCUGACCAGUAAGGGUUUUUUGUUGUUGUUGUUUAAUUUAGUGUGUGGUUUGCUUUGUGGUUGUGGUUUUUCUUUUAAUUAACCAGAUAUCGGCUGCUGGGGAGGCAUUGCACAUUCAUGCAGAAUGUUAAUGCUAAUUUUCACAGAAAAGACAAAAUUAGAGUCUUUCCCUGUCUCCAGUGCAGUUUGGUUACUGCUCUGUGUACAACACUAAUAUUAAGCCAGACUGUAAAGGCUAAAUACUCAGAGUGACCUACUUCCAUUCACCAGCAAGAAUCCUUUGUCAGCUGACUCCUGUUUGUUUGUUCAUUUUUAAAUGUCGGAUUACAGAACUAGCAUCUCCUAAAGAUGAAAGAAAACAGUGUUUUCAUGUGCAGGAAAUUUGGGGUUGCAGUAACAGAACAUUUUCUUUGUGAAUUUGGAUGUCAUGGUGUUUUAAGCUCCUGCCUGGAGCCUAAAUCAAUUUGGCCUCUCAUCCAGUUCAUCUAACUGGUGCUCCUAAAAGGCUGCAGCCCUGCAAAAGCUCAUGCAGCAUUUUUGGCUGCCUUCCCUUGCUCCCAUUUGGUACAUAUUUGCACAAUUUAACUGAGCUUUUCUUUCUGCUGAAGGUCAGAUGCAAGCGAUACGAAACACUAAACUUUAUAAACAAGCAAAACCAUUUCAACCACAGCAUUUUGGACUAGAAUGGAUUUUUAGGUGGCGCACUGUCUGCUGGCCUUUGGAGAGGGGAUCCUGAGACUGCAUUGGACUGGAACAGGAUGCAAAGCCACAAGCCUUGUUUUUUUUAAUAAACUACUUACUGUAAUCCAGCUACACAGUUUCAGCCUCACACUUCAGAAGAAGCUUCCAAUGGCUGUGCACGUACAGGCACUUUCUCUCUUGCAGAAAGUGAAACUUUCCCAACCAGAGUAAAUUUAACCUAUUGCAUAAGAUGCUGGAAGUUGGUUGUUUUUUUAUUUUCCUUGGGAUUCUCACUGUAACCUCUGUGUGCAGAGGAUGAAUAGCUUUUCUUUUUCCCCCUCUUUUACUUUUCCUGACAAGAUUAGAUGUUGCAUAUUGAUGAGCUAGCAUUUCAAAGGUCCGUGGGGCUUUGGAACAUAUUAAGAAUCUCUGAAGUUUAAUAUUCACCAUGUUUUAAAUAUUCAAAAGGAAAAAUCUGCAUAAAAUAGCUUUUGAUAAAUACAUUCUAGGGAUUCUUUCUUUCUAUCUUACACAAGCAUUGUGGGGAUUGUGGCUGUGCCAGUUUUGUUCCAAAGUGUCUUUUGUUUCAGCAUUUCAGGAUCAUUUUGGUCCCAUUUGUAUGCCCAGUACCAGUCCUGAAAUCUGUUAUGGUUCCUACUGAGACUGUACAGCAGGCACGUGGCUGUGACCAAGAAAAAGGCUCAGCUGAGCAUUGGAACUCCUGAAUAUCUGGAAUAUCUGCUUGGGGGCUUCCUCCUUAUGACAGUUGGGCACAUCCAGCUCUUUUCUGUGCCUGCUUCUUGAGAUGGGGUUGGGAUCAGUCCAGUGGUCAGGCCCACUUUGAGAUCUUUCUGCAAAGGUGCUCUGUACCAGUGGGGUUCUGAGAUUGGAAAAUAUCUUGGGUGCAAGAGCAAAGCAAAGUGUCAUUUGAUGCAUCUCAGAUCUCACAGGGCAGUCUCCCCUUCCUUGGAAGUCUCUUUGGUGAGAAUCUCAGCAGUAAAAAAAGUGCCUUUAGGAGAAAUCCUCCCCUAGGGAUGCUCCAUUUCUCAUGCUCUUGAAAAUCUGAUUCGAGCUUUAGCCGAGGAGGAUCAGUUGCUGGCUGUAAAGGCACAGCUGUUUUGCUGUAAUAGCAACACAUGUCCUUAGCCUCCAUGUCCUGUGGUACAUCCCAGGGUGUUGCAGGACAGCCCUUGGGUCCCUCCUGCACCCAGCCUGGACUGUCACACCAGUCCCUGCUGAAUCAGUGCCUGGUAUUUGUUCUCAGGACCGCUCUGGCCCAGGCUAAGGGCACCUCAUGCCUCUAUGCAAAAGGUGGUGCUUUCAGGUUUUGCUUUACAAAUAAUGCAGCCCUUUCAAACUCACCUUUCUUCUCUCACGUAUUCUUGACAGAAGUAGGAUUUUAAAUAUUUCAUAGCAUUCUUCUUUAUUCUUCCUUUUUGCCAGAUGCCUUGAAAACAUUGUCAGAUUACGAUCUGGGGGGGAUCGGGAUCAGUUUCCUUUCCUUCUUGAUUGCAUGGUGUAGGUUUGCAAUGAGGGUUUUGUCCUUUUUUCUUUUUUCUUUUAUUUUCUUAGUCUUACAGAACACAUGCCUUCAUUUUAUGCAGAGAAGGAUUGUCUAUGAUUAGAGCUAAUCCAGGAUGGCAGGAUUGGACCCCCACAGCGAAAGCUAGAAAAGUGAUUGCAAAAGUAUUCUGUUUCUCCUUUAUUAAUUGCACAGGAAGUUUCCACCAAAGGCUCGUGUAGCCCAACUGGCCUAUGUAAUAAGUAGCAGGGCCUGUAAUUACAGUCUGUCUUCUGAUCCUAUCUGUGCUCUGACUUUCUAGGCACUGAAGUUCUAUUUACAUCUGGCUCUUUGUCACCUUUUUAAAUUUUUGAUUGGUCACUAAGGGAAGGAGAGCACGAGCCAUGAGCCCUGCGAGGUGCAGUGAGUAUGAACGAGGGAGUCCUCCUCCCUCUCAGGUAUCUGCCUGACUUGGGACACAGAGCAGAGACGAUGAGCGGGAGGAUUUUAGCAGCCAUGCAGCACAGGAAGUGGGCUGCCUGCCAACUGGGUAUCUUUCAAGACCUCAGAGUUCUUUAUAGCACUGGAAAUUUGAACCUUUUACAGGUCUUAACUAGUGUACUCUCCUGUGAGAUAUUUCAUCAGCAUUUCUUUGCUCAGAGCUAUUCCUACAGGAUUUGACCUUUUUUCUCUGUAAGAUUCAAGGUUUUAUGGUUGCAAAGAGAUCCUUCCCCAUAUGGCAUGAGGAGGGAGAUGGCUUUUGGCAUCGUGCAGAGAAGCUGUGUUACAAAUCCUGGUAUCAAUGUGGAAAGCUAGAGUAACUUGAGUGGGAGGGGAAAGGCAGUGAUUUACACAUGGUUCAGUACGAGGUUCACCAGCGAGCACAGCCUCAAGCAGAUGAGCUCCCUGAGGUGUCAGUUCUGAGACCUGCAGGAUAAUAAUGGGCUGCUUGUGGGAGUGUUUGGUGCUGGUCACUUUGGGAGUAAUCUCUUGUCUCUUUGGAAACAUUCACUGAACUUUGUGUAAAGCUACAGAAUGGUGUCCCCCACAUCUCUUCCUCAAGGCAGACUCCGGUGCUAUGUUUGAUCAAGAGGAAUGAAAGCCAUUAGGCAAAUACUGUACUCUGCAAAAAAAACCAUUAACAAUAUACUACAGAUACUUUUAAUGUCCAUUAAACUGUUACCCAAAUUGUCCCUUUUCUAUAGCUUGGACUGUUAUUUCAUUAUUUUUAACCUGACUUCUGCUUAAAAAAUGCCCCUCAAUUAUUUUUUAUUUUUUGUAACUCUGCUUCUAAGAAAGUUGAUGCUUUAAAGGAAAAAAAAAAAAAAAAAAAAAAAAAAACUUAGUUUCAAACAUGGGUUUUUCAGGCUUCUAAAUUAAUAAUUUCUACACCUGACCCAGUUCCUGCAGCUGCCAAAAAAGAAAAGAGAAAGCUAUUUAAAUUUCUCAUAGAACCAUUUAUCUCUUAAAAUAUGCCAAGGCAAUUUGAGGUGGGGGUGGAGACUCAGCUAUUUAUCUCAGCAGCUUGAUUUUUCUCUUUAUGUUUCUAACUGUCAGGGGGAAAAAACCGGUAGGAAGCUAUUCUUGGGCUAUUAUUGAUGUAUUGUGUUGCCAUUAUGCAGGAUGUCUGCUUUGCUAUAUACGGAAGGACAUUAAUAAUAGCCAUCUCCCCUGCCCCCACCCUCAGUUCCUCUCUGAGAAGAUAUGGUUUAACUGGAGCAUCUGCUGUGUUCAAAUUGCUGCUCCUUCCUCCCCUUCCCCCAGUUCAUUCCCAAACUAGUUUUAGGAACCAGGGCUAAGGAAAAAAGGAGACAUUAUUUUUGCCAUUUUUCUGCCUACUUCUGUGGUUGCUCCAGGCAAAUAAUUUCCAUGCCCUGUACCUGUCUACCUUUUUCUUUCCCAUGUAUUGCCCUUGCUUUCAUUUUAAGUUCAUCAAUGCAAAGAGAAAACCCUUUCUUGCUGUCUUUUUCUCACAAAGGCUGUCUGGCAGAACGGGCUCAGCAACAGACCUCUGAUUUGUUAUUACCCAGCAUUUCAUAUCCACAAACAUUGGUUUCAUUAUUUCCAAUUAGUAGGAAAAUGUAUUCCCGUUCCCAUCCCUCCCACCCCAGGUUUAAAACAUUGUUAUGAGACUUUAAAGGGUCCGUCUGCUUGUUUAAAGACUCGGAUGCUUGUUUUAUUUUUGGAAGCAGAGUGUACAGUGAACAGGAAUAGUUUGAUGUUUAAAAAAUAGCCCCAGUUCAGCAUUCCCCUGAAGUGCGGGAAGUCCUGUCUCCGCAGGGCUGUGCCAGCAGCGCGACAGCCCAGAGAGCAAAGCCGGCUUGAAAAGGAAAAAGAACUGGCCUGCCUCACUUCAUCUGUGAGAAGAGAGAGGUGAAAAUAAUAAACGUGGCAAGAAAAUAAAGGGCAGAAUUGCUCUGGUUUUUUACUUUAAUGGCUGUUCCUAUGUCUCCCGCUGAUUUUGUUCCAGAGUAGCUUUGCUUAUUCAGCAUUUUUGGUAAUCAAGACUAUGCUUUUUCAUGGUAUCAUUAUUUUUACUUUUCAUUUGUUGAGUUGUAGUCUUGCCCUGGUCCCGAUAGGGUAUGGAGCUCUUUGGUUUGGGCACUGAAUGAAAACAGUUAGGAGCUCUGUCUAGGAGAGGUCACCUAGAAUUUGGAACCAGAAAAUGCAAUCAGAAUAUUUUCCAGUCUGAUAUAGAGGUUUUCAAAACUAAAGGGGAGAUGGCCAUUCAGUGUCGUUUCUUGUUGCUUUUAUAAUUUUUCUGGGUGGUAUACAAGGAGAAAAAUGACACCCUCUGUUCCCUAAACUAACCCAGAGCCCAGCAUCUCCUCUGCAAACAUUUUCUCCAGCUUUCCACGCUGCUGCAGCAUGGGAGUGAUGAAGGCCUGCUAUGGGAGCAAGGUCAACCUUAUCCUCUCCACAGCCAGUGCUGCUCCCCAUGGUGAGUCUGUGUCCAGCCUAGGGCUUGAUCCUGCCUUCCUAGUAUGAGUAUUUUGCCAGAAUCAGCCGUUUUGUCUCUGCCAUUAGCUGUGGCACUGUGUGCGAUGACGAGGAUUUGCAGGGAAGGAGGAGAAGAUCCUGUUCCAAUUAGGCUGCCUUUGUGCUAAUGUUUCAUUCAGGGCUGCAUGAGAUAAGAGCAGUUUGCACUGAAAUGCACAGCCGGAGGUUGUAGUUUGUGUUUCAACUGUGUUGAGAUGGUACCCAUUGAAAAUCCAAACUGGGGCAUUUUUUUUUGCAUCUGCCAGUGCUUUACUAACUGCUUUGUGUGGGCUGCAAACCCAUUUCAGGUUGGCAAAUGGACAUUUUGUGCCUUGUCCCCCAGGCCUGAUCUAGUUCUUUGUUUUAUCCACCGAAAGAGUAGUAUUUCUAAUAGCCUAAGUAGCUAAGCUGCUGAAAAGCAUCUCAACAGAACAACCAGCAAGGUGACAAGUAGGCUAUCGACAGAGCUGCCUUUGCAAAAGUGUAUUCCACUUUCUUCACUGUGUGCCUUUCCAGAGACCUGCUGUGCUCCUUUAUGGGCAGCAGAGAAACAGUCCUAGUGCUGAGCAGGGAUGGGAACUAGGAGGGUGAUGGAGAAGAAAGAGGCUAAUGCUGAGCAUUUGUUCUCCAUGGGGAUAAGCAAAGCAAUUGCUUAUCCCAUCAGUACAGCUUGUCUUGCUUUACACACCCUGUUGUCUGGUGGACAACUGUUCUGUAGCAGAGGUAUACUUCGCUGUAUUUCCUCAAACAUCUCUUCCUGAUCAGAACUCCAGAGUCAUUCAUAUCUGAAGAAUUUAUUCCCUUAAUAUUGUCUCUUACAAAAAAUCUCCAUCACUCAUUUUUUAUAUAAUGCUAGAGGAGAAAAUCUGAAGGUGAACUAAAGUUUGAUUGGUGCUACUGUAUUAAAAAGGCUGAUAUGCUCUCAUUUUCAACCCUUAAAAUAAUGUUAUAGCAAAUUUUUGUCUGCUGUGAUUGGACAGGAAAUGCAAGGUGUAUUGGAAAUGCAGUAAAGGGAGAGACUUGAUGUUUUGAUGCUCUGAACUGUACCACUGUGACCUCCUCUGCUGUCUCUUUGGAGAGUGAGAACUGAGUAUUGGUAGAGGUAAGGGUAGAGCCAAGUAAUGCCUGGACUUUCUUUCACAGUCUUGCUAGCAAGGAUCUGCCUUGGUGAGACAUCAACUUCCUUAAUGGUCCUGUACUUUCCCAUGCCACAGCCUGUGCUUUGGACAGUCAGAGAGACUGGAGAGCAGCCUCCAGAGCCUUCCCUCUAGUUAGUCAAAUGAGAGACCCCGAGUACUAAUUCUGCAGUCAGUUUGCAGAACAAAACAACAUGUUUUCAGAGCCCAAUCUCUCACGCUGGCUUUGCCUGUGGGCUGAUACAAGGGGAUCUGAACCACACAUAGGUCAUUCCAGAAAGUUUCUUAUUGGCUCUGUGCCCCAUGGAGAACCCCCUAAAGGCUGGGAGAAUGAUUCAGCUCUUUCAGACUGCAAGGAGGAAGUGCCCCCAGGAAUGUAUGUGUCCUAUGUAGCUGCUAUGCUUUGGCCUACCCCUGCCAGCUGCAGAGCUGUCUGCUCGAGGGUUCACUGGGGAUGAUCUGUCCUGGAUGUGCAGUAAUUCACAGUGGUUUGAGGUGGUGUUUCAGCUUCGUGGUGGUUGUUGGUUUAGCCCUUGAGAUGGAGAAGGUUUUGCGUUGUUGCCUUUGUUGCAGUUGGGAGGGAGCGUAACUGGGCACUCUCCUUGUGCAGUGUCAGCCGACAGAGGCUCUCAGUGGUAUGGGAAGCAUCUUCCUUUUAAAUGUGAAUCACUAGCCUAGGGAUCUGGGCAGGGGGCACAAGGAAGCACUUCCUGUGUGAGGAAUGCUUCUGCUGCACACUCUAUACCCUCGGAUCCUAAUGAAGUAACAUUACUUGAGCUUUUAGGACUGGUCUCCUGUCUGUCAGAGCUUGGGGGUACCAGAUUUUUACUCCUUGCUGAGCAAAAGCACUACCCAAGCCUGUGGGGGGCCUAAUCCUGCUGCCAUUGGAAUUUUUCUGAUUCCUGUGAAUUGCUGAGUGCACCUCCUGUGAGCUGCUGAGUAGCCUCCCUUGUCACUGAACCCAUCAGGCCACUUGUCUCCCUCACUGACUGCUCCCACAGGGCUUUGAGGGCACUCAGGAAAUGCAAUCAGCACCUUUCAGGAUCGAUCUGCUAGGCAAUAAAUGAAGUUUUUUCUCUGGUAACUUGUGUGCAUGAAUUGAAAAUCAUUUAUUCCAAUUUGUUCUGAGGACAGAUUCAGCAUAUACACAUUUUUCUAUAUUUAUAAAUAUAUAUAGAUAUAUAUAUUUUGUUCUCAGCUAGUUACCUCUUUUAAACUGCAAUUUUCAGAGCAACCGGCAUAUAUUUUUUAUUCAACACAUAAAAUAACUUUUUACAAUAAGAGAAUGAAAGCUGUUUUAAGCAUGUGUUUUCUGUAUUUUUAUUAUGCAUUAUCCAAUUAUAUUGAGAUGUAUUUUCCUCUUUGCUCUGCUCUUUCAGUUGUUAUCCUUUUUAUCAGUUAUGCUUUUCAAAUGUUUUGUAAGGGAAAAUAAAUAUGCAAAAUCGC